AAUGAGUGUAAACUGCGUGGGAUUGAUGCUGCAGCUUUGUUCGGGAGAAUGUCUCUUUCUGUGGUUGGUUCUGUUGGUUCCUCCUGGGAAGACACACUGCGAGUUGUCCGUGGGUCCCUGAAGGCGUCUUCUGGGACCUUUAACAACUUUUCGAGCUGAGGCAUCUGAGAGGGAAGAAACGGCACGAAGGGAGGACAGCAGCAGAAAAAGACAAAAUAAUCAAAGGCAACCACUGACGUGAAGAGAAGCUGAAGGGAUAAAAGUCUUCCCACAUCUACCGGCAGCCAUGGUCUUCCUCCUAGUAUCCCUGAUUGUGCUACAUCUGGUCACCUUGGCCAUGCUCCUCAUCGCCACCCUGGAGAAGUCCUGGUGGAUAUGGGAUGACUCAGAAAUCUCAGACCUCUGGUAUAACUGCUUCCAUGACAACUCCAGUGACACCUGGAUGUGUGCUGCUACAAACGAAAACGACUGGCUGCAGUCGGUCCAGGCCCUCAUGGUUCUCUCUGUGGUCUUCUCCUCUAUCUCCUUCCUGUUUUUUCUGGGCCAGCUCUUGACCAUGUCUAAAGGAGGACUCUUCUACUUCACUGGCUUCUGUCAGGCCUUCGCAGGUUUCACAGACUUUGCCGCCUGCCUCAUCUUCACCUUCCACAGAAAGGAGAUCCUAAAUGACACCAGAGACCUGAGCAAAGGACACUUUGGCUUCUGCUUCAUCCUGGCGUGGCUGUGCGUCCCUCUGCUCCUGGUCAGCGGGGUCCUGUACGUCCACCUGCGCAAGAAGCAGUGAGAAGGGAAGAAAGCUCUUAAUAGGAGUCCCCUCACUUCAGUCACCACCCAGUUAAGAGUAAAGCAAGGAAAUAAGACGACUGAGAAGGAAAUACCUCUUUAAAUGACACAGUGCUGUUUUCCUUCUGACUCAAGAUCCACCCAAACGUGCUGCACGGUAUGCAGGACAUUAUGUCAUCAUGAGGGCAUCUCGUUGUCCUUCAAGAACAGCUCAAGGAAAUUUACUAGAACUCAGUUGUGUUGUAAGAGACAAUGCUCUUGAAGGAUUCUGACAGAGAUCUAUUAUGAACCUAGAAUGACUCUCUCUUUACGAAACCACAUUUAAAUUCACUAGAUCCUGAUUUUUACGUUAUUUUACACAGUCACAGAAGCAUCAGUCUCCCAAACAUGUCAGAUAUUUUUGAUAUUUCAUGAAAAUCGGUUUAGUAGUGUUUUUGCACAAUCCUGCUGACUCUCCAACAAACAGAUGAAAACAUAACUUACUAGUCGGAGAUAAUAAAUGAAUAAUUUUUGUGAAAAUAUUGUGCCUGAAUUACUUUUGUACAUAUCUGUGUUUACUUAUUAAAAAAAAACAUUGGUU